CUAGAAGAAGGAGAAGCCGGCUAAGAGGCCAUGUCCAUCAAAGAAGAAGCGUCGACAAGUGGAAUUUCGAAUAGUACUGAUUUAGAAGCCGGAACAGAGGAGACCCUCGGGAAGAAGUCGGAAAGCGGAGCCGAGUCGGUAGAAUCUCUGAUUGGGAGCGAGAGCGGGGCUCGGGCCGAGACAGCGGAGAGCCACUUGAAGCGCCUCCAGAAUCUGCGCAAGGAAUUGGGCUACAUAAGCGAAACGGACUGGAUGUACGACAGUCUCGACAAGAAGCCACAGCAAUAA